CAAACUUCAAAUCGACUGUAUUCUUUUAUUAAUUUUGUUAAGUGUUUUUGUUUAAAUGAAAGGAUAUUAAUUACUUAAUAACAAAUUUAAAAAAUUUCAUGUGUUUGACUAUAACUGGAGUAUACAAUUCGGCUAAAGAUAAAUUUAUACUUUGAGACAAAAAAAUUAUACAAAAUUUCUAACCUCCAAAAAGUGACAGUUCGACUCUUAAUCAUUUAUUGAAUUUUAUUGUGCGUCUUAUAAAAAGGUGGCGCCGUAAAAGUCAUGUCCAGGUCCAGUGCUCCAGUUGUUAACGAAUGUUAAACGAAUUUCUACCGCGAUGGGAGCCGCCACGUCGUUGCUAUCGUCGCGGCUUGCGCAAGUGUAUAUUCCGAAGGUUCUGUGAGCGCAGGAGUAUUAUACGAAUCCCUGCUGAUUUGAGGAAGUGCGAACUCGCGUGCCUUGUCUAAGGCGAAAGGGGCGCGGGGUGUCCUCGUGUAAAAGCUUUGACGUUAUCCCGGCCCUCGUUGUAACAGAGGCGUCCCGUGUGUGUGUUUUCAUUUUGGUUUAUCGGCGGUUCAAAAAAAAAAAAAGUGUCGUGUAGUGCGUGAACGUGUGCGUUAAAUGACAGCAAAAAGGUGAGAUCAAUGUGUAAUUGAUAAACAUGGCUGAGGAGCUGUUGGUUACUUUGACAAGACACGAUACAACUGGAUUUGGAUUCUUACUGGGAACCGCCGGGCUACCUCAUGUUAUCUACGAUAUCGUUGAGAAUUCGCCUGCAGCAGACAGCGGGAAGGUCGAGGCUGGUGAUGUUAUUCUCAGGGUGAAUGAAGUUGAUGUCAACCGAUUUAGCACUAAGGAAGUUCUAAAAUGUCUCCGACUCUCGUCAGACCCUGUCACGUUGAAGCUACGAAGGGAUCCAGCCAUAAAAGCACACAUACGACGUUUAUUGUGUUCCGAUCAAGAAGUGUGCGAUGAUACUGAAAGUUUAAAAGCCUUUCGAACAGGAAUUGAAAACAACUCAAGGAACCGAUCGUCGGGAAAUUGUGACGAUAGAAAUAGUGGGAAAAAUUUGGAAUUAUCUGAAUUGUCAUCGAUAAGUCUUCCGCAGAAUUCUAGUGAAGUUCAUAAUGUUAGGAGUAAUGGCUCGUGUAGUGACGCUUCUGGAUCUUCGGAAAUGGAAGUCGUUAUUCCUCAAUUUGACAAUUUCAAAGAAGAAGAACGUGCUCAAUGGGAACCAUUGUCCGGCGACAAGUUUGGUCGACAAAAAAAUACUCCAAGGUUUGAGGCCUACAUGAUGACAGGAGAUUUAAUGUUGAACCUGUCGAGAACGCAGCAAAGCACCUGCCUUUUGCCAAAGUAUCAGAAAAAAGUUGAUUCAUUGAGAUACAAUAAUCAUCACAUGCACCAUCGUCACAAUCAUCAUAACCAUCAUCAUCAUCACCAUCAUAAUUCAGUGCCGACGAGUCCAAACGAAAUUCUCGGACAUCAUCGAGCUUACAAGGUGACAGGCUCGAAUUCCGCAACUACCUCACCAGUGGGUACUGCUAGACGCGAGGGCACCCAGUGCUCUCCAGCUUGUGAAAAUAAAGCCAAUGCCAAUUUCGGUUACUCCAGUGGUUUCGUGAGAACCUCCCGAUCAGAGGAUCACUUGCAAUUUCAAAAAGAUCCAUCCAUGAGUGCAGUGGAUAUUGACAUCGACGACGACGUCACCUCCAGUUUAAAUACUCUUUUGGAUACACGACCCGAGAGUGGUCAAGCACUGUCAAGCGAACGCAUUGUCUGGACGUACAAUGCACCAGUUAGUUCACCUUCCGUCUCGGAGAGAACGUCCUGCUGUCGUAAUGGCAAUUCACCUCCACAGUCCUCCAGUAGUAGUUCCUCGACCGAGGGUACAAGUCCACAACGUUCAUUAUCGCCGGCUUCACCGACCUCAGUCUCAUCGUCAGUCAUGUCCUCCAAUUCUGGCUCGCGCAGAUUUCCCCUGCCAAUUAUGCCGGGUGCUCAACUUGGACCCUCGGGUGAAGGCACAUCACCGGGAUGUCUACAUCCCACGAACGGUGAUCUCAGCCAGUCAGAGGCCAUUAGCAAUAUGUCCAGUCCUGAUUACAAUGACGAGGAGACUAUGGAUAUUCUUAGUUCACGUGAUAUUAUGAUGGUUAGUGAUCCUAGUGAUAGUGACUCAACAAUCCUUGCCAGUGAACCACCGCAAAGGAGGCGUAAAAGUGGAAGUUAUAGCGCCAGUCAGGAUUCAAGUGAACAUCGAAUAGUCAUUCAAGUCAAGGGUCCCGAUAAAGAUAAUAAUACGAGGAAUAAUGCCAGUCCCAGGCAAAAUAAACGUAAUACUCAAAAUAAUUCAGAGAAUCAACAUUCUAAUGUUCAUCAACAGAAUCAACGUUUGCCUAAUGCAAUUGAUAAUUGUAAUCCCUCAAUUGGUUCCACUGGAUAUCAGGAAUUGCGAGAUUUCGAAGACGAAAAAGAAUCGAUGAUUGCUUCUACUAGCGAUGAACAGAAGCAAAGUGGCCAGUCGCCUCCCUUAUCCGCCGACGAAGAAAGUGAUAUUGAAAGUCUCCACAGUUUUCAUUAUAGUCCAAAGGCCGUAGAUUUGCCUUCUGCAAUAAGAUUAGCAAAAAGGCUUUAUUCUUUGGAUGGUUUUAAAAAAUCCGACGUCUCCCGACAUCUUAGCAAAAACAACGACUUCAGCAGAGCUGUAGCUGAAGAAUAUUUAAGGUACUUUAACUUCGAAGGAGACACGCUGGACGUGGCUCUAAGAAAAUUCCUUGCUCAGUUUUCAUUGACCGGUGAAACCCAAGAAAGAGAACGAGUUCUUGUUCAUUUCUCCAAAAGAUAUCUCGACUGUAAUCCAGGCAGCUUUAACUCUCAAGAUGCUGUUCAUACUUUGACGUGUGCUAUAAUGUUACUCAACACGGAUCUUCAUGGUCAAAAUAUUGGUAGAAAAAUGUCUUGUUCGGAAUUUAUAGAAAAUUUGUGGGAACUCAAUGAUGGAGACAAUUUCCCAAGAGAAGUGCUCAAACAACUUUACAAUGCCAUUAAAUCGUUUCCUCUAGAAUGGGCAUUAGAUGACGAAGGGGACGAGGCAGCGUCUCACGCUGUUCAGCAGGGCGAUGGUCCAGCUUUAUCUACCUCCGGAAAUCCAUUUCUUGAUGUUCCAAAUAUCACUGGUGCCACUGAAUAUAAAAAGGGAUACGUUAUGCGCAAAAGUUGUUAUGACGCGAAUGGAAAGAAAACGCCUUUUGGAAAAAGAGGGUGGAAAAUGUAUUAUUGUACAUUAAGAGAGCUUGUAUUAUAUUUGCACAAAGAUGAACAUGGUUUUCGAAAUGACAGUUUGCAUAAUGCCAUACGUAUUCAUCAUGCGCUUGCGACAAAAGCAUCUGAUUACACGAAAAAACAAUACGUCUUAAGGUUACAAACAGCUGAUCAGGCGGAAUAUCUAUUUCAAACUAGUGACUCCAAAGAAUUGCAGUCAUGGAUCGACACGAUCAAUUUUGUCUGCGCAAGUUUUUCCUGCCAACCUCUCGCUGGUGCGGUAGGUUCCCAACGAAAGUUUCAGCGGCCUUUACUUCCCUGUAGUCAUACGAAGUUAAGUCCCAGAGAGCAAUUGCGAGAUCAUGAAGAAAGAGUAAAUAAAUUGGAGACUGAUUUAGAUGAACAUAGGCGACAUCCGCCCGAAAAAGGCUCUAAAGCAUUGACUAUUCAAAAUUAUAAAGAGAAAGACGCUUAUUUACAGUACGAGUUGAAGAGGUACAAAACUUACGCUUAUCUUCUGCGAUCACGAUUGGUUUUUGCGGAAGUGGAACCGCCAUUGGUUGAAAGCAGUAUCGGUGAGGUAGAUGAAGUCUCGGGUGCUCCACUAAAUCCUGAUGCAGCAUUGGUGCCACCUCCGGUUCCUGAUCGUCCAGCCACAAAUAGGUACUCUUAUAAGGCUGCGAUUUACAACAAAAAUCUUCUGAAUGGUCAAGACUUUGGUUAGAUCUUUUGGUUGGGUGUAUUUUCAGCACUUGUGGUCUAGUCUGACUUGCGUACGUAGGCCGAGGACAGCAGUCAUAAUUUGGAAGAAAGAAUAGCAAACGAAGGAUACGCGACGCUCUUUUCUUAAAUCUGCUUUGUCUUCGAUCACUAACGUAAAUCAUCCGGAAAAAAAUCUUUCUUUCAAUAUAUUUGUAUAUAUAAUAUAAAAAAAAACAAAGAAAACCGACUGAUAGUUGCUGACAAAUUUUUGAUCUCACAAUUCGUAGAAUUUCACUUGACCGUUUCUUUUUAUAUUUUUCAAAGAGAGAAAAGGAAACGUUAAAAAAACAAAUAGAGACAAACUGCUGUCACUUCUGCCUGCAUAUUCAGAUUACUGGUCCAGCUUUAUCGUUAAAUUAUUAGCUGGUGGUUGGAUCUGGGCAUAAAAAAAAAGAAAAAAAUUAAUACUAUAGAGAGUAAUGUACAUUGACUAGUGAUUACUAAUAAAUCAAUUAACAGACUAUCGCAUUGGCGAAAAAACUUAUCAAGUGUUUAUCUUGAGGAAAUACAAGAGCGGCUGAUUGUCUUUAAAAAGAAUUACAUACUUUGUCCUCUGCAUUAAAUUUGAAAUGAAUUCUAUAUAUCUAAAGAAAUCUCUAUUUUUCUGGUUUCAAAAAAAAAAAUUGUUGAAAGUACUUAAUUUCUUAGUAAAUCUUGUUACUGUUAUUGUAUUAAAUACCAGAAAAAUUAUUGUCUGUUGAUAAUAUUCUUACUUUUUGGAGUCAUGACGGAGAAUUGUGUGAUAGAUGAUAGAAUUGUGAUGAAAUCUUUUCUUGGGGGUGGGGGAAUUUUUAGCUUUAACGAUUUCAAAAAAUGAGGACAAAGUAUGCCGUUGUAUUUUCAGUCGUUAAUACAAAUAAAUCGUAACAGUGGUUCAUUUAUUUUUUUUCGCAGAAGGAAAAAUUGAAUUUUAUUUUCAUUAAAAAAGUAAUUUUUUAUUCUAAAUAAAAUCUAAGGUAAAUUAUCAUCAAAUGAAAUGAUUUAAAAAACACAUUACAAAUUUUUCAAAUUAAAUCAUAUUUAAAAGAGAAUUAAUUUUCUUGUGGAAAAAAAUAGUGAAAAGAAAUUAGCUUCUUGGAUUUUUCGACAAAAUUUAACAUUUAAAGUCGCGUGAAGAGAAGCGUUAGGAAUUUUUUUGCAUUUGCAUUUUCUUAAAUGCUUCUAACGACUGUGAUAUUAUUUUCAAGAAUUGAAUUUAUACUGUAUUUGUAAGCAUUCCUCUUUACGUUCUCUAACGCAGAUUAAAAAAAUGAAAAAAAAACGAAAGAACCACUGUUACUAAAAUUGGAGUUUAAACAUUCCACAAAUAAAAAAUUACAAAUUUUCAUAAGAAAGUGUCUAAACGUAUAACUUUUCUUGUAUAUUCUCAGCAGAGCUAAGACUUUAAAUUCUAUGUUAAUCAGUAACCUUUCAUCAUAACAUUACACAUACUUUCUCUAUCUUGUUUUCUAAAUAUUUUACGAGUAUAUGGAAUUUUGAUAAAAUUCAUUUUAUUUCAAAAUGAAAUAUUGAUAAUUUUUGAAAAUUCCUUAUACUCAAUUUCUGCUUCUCAUUGCUUUGUUUAAAAAAACAAAUUAAUGUCAAAACCAGGAUACCAGAAAAUUUUCUGUAAAUUAUUUUUCAUGGGAUAAAAUUAGAGUUAAAUCUGAACUAUCAAAAAUUUAUUUUUAGAAAAAAUAUUUCAAUUUUGUUCUGGAAUUGAAUUUUGAGUUUUGCUCUUGGAAUAUGAAAUUAUUAUAUGUUUUUUCAGAGGGCUUACAAUCAAAACAAAUUCGUGUACUCGUUGUGUAUAGUAAUUUUUGCAGCAUUCUUCUUGGUAUUUUUAUGAUGCAAUUUAAAGGUUUGAUUAAUGUAAAAUAUUUGUUUUCUUUUUCUAUAUUGCGAAAGGUAAGACUGGUGUAUUGCAGCUCAGACUGCUUACAAUGCUUUGUCACUUUAUAUUAUUAUCAUUAUUAUCAAGCUUCGUUAUUUUGAGACACCUUUUGGAAAAGAAAAAAAAAUAAAUAAAAAUCAUGCGCAUUGCAAAUUGUUCGAAAAAUUUUUCGUACUUCUGAGAAGGAAAUUGUGUAAAUUCUUCUCUCGAUUAAAGUAGUUAUAUAUCUUAAAAUUAUUAUCACUGUUAAGUUUUUUGCAGUAUUAAGUAAAAUUAGUUAAUUUAUUGAAAUAAUUUCUUUACAUAGUAGUCGCACUGAGUAGGGUGUCUAAAAAUGUAAUAAUUAUAUACCAUUUUUAGCCUACAAAUUGCUCAAUAAUUGUAGGCAAUUUAAGGUUUCCUGUGUUUGAAGAAUUCUUUAAAUAAGAAAUUAUUUUAUGGAAAAAAUAAGGUUUUUUUUUGUAAAAAAAACAUAAAAAUUGUUAUUAUUCGUGUUUGAUUGAAAUUAUCGUUUUAGUUAAAAAAAUAAAUAAUUUAUUUUUGAAUUGAAAAUUCAAUAUUUUUGUAUUCUUAUUGAAUAAGAGUUAAAUAUUUCUUAGAUGGUUAAAUUAUUGAAAAUGUACUUUUCGGAGAUUACUGAGCAGUUUGUAAAAUAUAAAAAUAUUUUCCGUCGAAAGCUUUUUAGAAUUAAAGUAAAAUAAAUACAGAAUUAAAGUUAGGACAAGAAUAUUUGAAAAAUAUACUAAAUAAUAGGACACCCUGCUUACUUCUUGCCAAUAAAAUAAACCACAUCAGAUUUCAAUCGCAAAAAAAGGAUUUAAAUAGAAUUUAAAUUAGUGACAUUUAGUCAUCGUUUUUAUUAACUUUCAUAAUGAAAAUUGUACACAAGAGAAUAAUUUAUUCCUAAAAAACCUGACGAUUAUUAUUAUUAUUAUUAUUAUUAUUAUUAUUAUUAUUAUUAUUAUUAUUAUUAUUAUCUAGAGUUAGUACAUAAUCUGGUAAUGAAAUUUUUAAUCCAAAGCAAAUAAUCUAUUUAUACCUGGGGUCAUAUUUAUACCACAAAUGUUAAACUUAUACACUUAAUCUAUCCUUAUAGAUAGAAAAGUUGACUGAUUAAUUUUGUUAUCCUUGAAAUGAAAAAAAAACCAAACUGCCAUUCGAUAAAAGUAGAAAAAUUUUUUGAUUAUUGAAAGUUUAACAAAAGAGGUAUGAACACGGCCCAUUCGCUAUGGGGAAAAAAAAGAAAAAUGUUAAUUUUAUGAUUCUAUUUCAUUAUAUACAAAUAUACCAGUUUGUAGUUUGUUUUUCUAGAGAAAAUGCAAUGACGUAUUCGUAAAGAAGAUCAUUUUUCUGAAUAGAAGAAAAAAAAAAUGCUGUUGCAUUUGAAAAAUAAUAAUAGCGAAACAGAAAGACGGUCUUUAAUUUAAAUUUAUAUAAUUUUUGUGGUUGCGCUUUUUCAUUAUUAUACACGCUUAUAUACCAGUCAAUUUAUACCCUCGAGAUUAUUGAAUAUAAAAGUAGGAUCUAACUCUAGUUUGUAGAAAAAGUCCUUGUAUAUACGAAUGUAAUAUAUGUGGAUAAUCUAACGAUUAUAAUAUAUAUAUAUAGUAUAUAUAUAUAAAUCGUUUGAAAGCUGAUGGCAAUAAAAACGACUCUCCAAGUUAUAUAAAUAGAUAUCGAACAUUUUCGUAUAAUAACCCGAAAAAUAACGUACGUAUUAUGCAAAUAGGUACUGUAAAUUCAUAUUUCUGGAAUAAAAUUAGGCUAUAAUGGCAUACAAUCAA